AUGAAGGGUCACUUCCUCCCCUGGCAUCGUCUCUUUACCUCAUAUUACGAGAGCUUAUUGCGUGAAGAGUGUGGAUAUCAUGGCGCACAGCCGUAUUGGGACUGGACAUUGGAUACUCCAACUGCCAACUUUGUUCAAUCACCCAUAUUCGACGCAACAUACGGCUUUGGUGGGAACGGCCCUCUUGUGCCGGUCAACACGUCGAACAACGAAGUGCCAGGGCGAACUGGAGGCGGCUGCGUACAAGAUGGGCCUUUCGUCAACAUGACGGUUCAUCUAGGCCCUGCUGCGUCGCUCGCAAGAAACGACCAGUGUCUACGGCGAGACCUGGCGCCCGACUACGCCGCCACGUAUCUGGGCAAAGUCAUGGCGCAGGCGGAUUACGGAUGGUUCGCGCGGACGAUGGAAGGUGGUCCAGCCUGGGACGAUAGUCAGAUCCACGCUGGUGGGCACUUUGGUGUUGGUGGCACCUAUGGCCAGAUGGGCGAUCCGUUCGCAUCGCCUGCCGACCCAAUUUUCUGGCUUCAUCACGCCAAUCUGGACCGCGUGUGGUGGUCGUGGCAGGCGAGGGACCUGGGGAAUAGAUUGCGCGACAUAUCUGGACCCAUGGUGCUGCAAGAUUGGAACAACGCGCAGGGCGGCAAUGUAACGCUGGACUUUCCGCUCUCGCUGGGUUAUAAUGGCUGGGAUGCGACAAUUAGUGAUGUGAUGGACGUUAGGGAUCUCUGCUAUUCGUAUGAAGAGCUCUACUGA